CAGUUAAGGAAUGUCACUCUUCUCACAAUGUAACUUUGUAAAUAAAUAUUCGAAAAUGAAAUACAUUUUUAUGAUGAGACUGAGUACUGUUAUUGAAUCCAUUCAACCAAUAAACAAUGCAUUGCAGUGGACAAAGAUUGUGGCUAUAAAUUAUGCUGAGGUCUGUUUUUAUAAAGAAUAUUAUCAGCAAUACAAACAUGUGAUUGGCAUCAAAAAGUUUGUUUACAUUCACAUUGAUCCGCUGAGAUCAUUGACAUGCUAUUUGUGAUCAGGUUUUUGCAUCUGUUAAGAACAUGUAGCCAAAGGAAAAUCUAAAUAGACUGGAUAUGAAGCUAACUAACAGUAUAAGGAAUGAUGAUUGAGUAGAGAAACUUGAAUUUGAUGCACAAAUUAUUUUAAACUGAAAUCAUAGCAAGAAAUUAAGGGCAAAAUAACAGGAUACUAAAUGGAAAUCAUUAUUGUAAAUGCAUUACUAAGCUUUCUAACAAAAUACUUCCUUGAACUGGAGUCACAGUUGAAAAAGUCAAUAUGGGCGAGGAAAUGUCACCGGAGGUACAAAAGAAAGUGGAACAACUUCAGGAUUGGAUCAACAAGCAGCCUCAUUUGCCGAAGGAUAUUGAGGACAAGAUAGCGCGAAGGUUCCUCCACAGCUGCUACUACGACAUGGAUAAGACAAAGUCCACAGUUGAGCUGUUCUUUAGGCUAAGAGACACGUCGCCAGAGCUCAUCAACCACAGAGAUCCAUUAUCACCGCCAAUGCAGAAAGUCUUGAAAAUCGUAAAUUUGGCGCAAUACGAAAUAUCCGGGAAAAGGAAUAUCUGGUUUUGGCAACUGAACGAUCCUGGUUUAGAGCAGUACGAUCACUUACAAGACGCCAGAAUGUUCAUAAUGCUGUUCGAUGCCUGGAUACUCAACAAUACGGAGUUCGCUGAAGAAGAUAUUGUUGUUUUAGAUACUAAGGAUAUUAACCUUAAAUUCAUUACUAAGUUCAAUGUGUCCGUUGCAAGGAAAAUUGCCAAAUAUCAGGAGGAAGCGAUGCCGAUCAGAUUGAAGCAGAUCCACAUUCUCAACGCACCGCCCUUCAUAGACAAGUUAUUUGGACUCAUGAAGCCUUUCCUGAAAGCAGAAAUUACUGCUAUGGUCCACUUCCACGUGCCAAAGUCGGACACGAUAUUCAAAUACCUCAGCAAAGAAGACUUACCAAAAGACUACGGCGGCACUCGCCCCUCAAUGGCUGAAAUGAACAAGGAAGUGUUAAGGAUCGUCAUGGAACAAAGAGAAACCUUCUUGGACGAAAACUUUUGGAAGACAGAAAAGAAGUCUAAAGGUACGAAAAAUGAGGUCGCCACAUUCAGGACAUUGGAUAUAGAUUAAUGUUCUUGUUAUUAUUC